AUGUCCAGGAUAGUUGAUCUUAAGAAUAAUAGUAUACUCCGCAGGAACCCUUUUUCUUUUUGCCUUCGUCAUGGCUUGGUGCCUUUGCUCGAUACCCACUUCAGGAACACAUUUUGUAAUUUAGAAAUAAAUAUUGGACAAAAGAGACACAGCUCAGAAACUUCGAGUGCAAAGUACAAUGACCAAAAUAAAAAUCCAACUUAUCCUUUAGAUGUAUUACGUCAAGACAUCUCAAAAGCACUGCAUAAUAUAUCCGGAAUAGACCGCUCGCUAAUACUGAAUGCACUAGAGUCAACAAAUAGUAUGGAUAGAGGUGAUCUGAUACUACCCCUCCCGAGAAUAAAAGUGGCUGAUCCUACGACCGUUGCUAACCGAUGGGCCAUUGAACUACGCACGUAUGGGUGUAUAGGUAAAGUUUGCGCAAAAGGGCCGUUUCUUCAGUUCUUCCUCGAUCAACGAUAUUUGAUACAAUCAACAGUGCCAAAUAUUUUACUUCAAAAGGGAGAAUAUGGUCAAAAAAAGCUUCUUCAUCAGAAAAACGUUGUCGUAGAAUUUUCAUCGCCAAACAUUGCGAAACCAUUUCACGCAGGCCAUUUAAGAUCGACCAUAAUAGGUGGAUUCCUUUCAAAUUUAUAUGAAGCAAUGGGGUGGUCCGUUAUACGUAUGAACUAUCUGGGUGAUUGGGGUAGACAAUUUGGUUUAUUAGCAGUCGGUUUUCGGAGAUACGGCGAUGAAAAUGCAUUAGAGAAGCAGCCAAUUCAACAUUUGUUCGACAUCUACGUUCAAAUCAACAAGGACCUUGCGAAGGAAGAGAAAAACGGAACCUCCCAAUAUGGGAUUGGUGGUGAGGCUCGUACCUUUUUCAAAAACUUAGAAAAUGGGGAUCAAAAUGCCAACAAAAUAUGGAAUAGGUUUCGUUCGCUAUCCAUCCACCAUUAUAUUCAAACUUAUUCACGCUUGAACAUUAAUUUUGAUAUAUUUUCCGGUGAAUCACAAGUAUCUAAAGAAUCCAUGAAUGAAGCGUUAGAUAUAUUUCACAAGAAUAAUCUUGUUGAAAAAAUAGAUGGAGCACUUGUCAUCGAUUUAACCCAAUGGUCGAAAAGAUUGGGCAGAGUUGUUGUACAAAAGUCGGACGGAACAACUUUGUACUUGACAAGAGAUGUUGGAGCAGCCAUAGAGCGUAAAAAGGAUCUGCAUUUUGAUGAAAUGGUAUAUGUAAUUUCCUCACAGCAAGAUUUAUAUAUGUCCCAACUUUUUAUGAUAUUGAAAAAAAUGAACUUUGAGUGGGCAAAAGACCUGAAGCAUAUAAAUUUUGGUAUGGUGCAAGGCAUGUCGACGAGAAAAGGAAAUGUGGUGUUCUUAGAUACUAUACUAGAUGAAGCAAGGGAUAAAGCUCUCCAAAUCAUGAAAAGUAAUAAAUUGAAAAUAUCUAAAGUAGAUAAUCCUCAGCGCGUUGCAGAUUUGAUUGGUAUAUCCGCUAUAAUUAUUCAAGAUAUGAAAUCAAAGCGUAUCAAUAAUUACGAAUUUAACUGGAACAGAAUGUUAUCCUUCGAAGGUGACACAGGGCCCUAUUUACAAUACACACAUUCCAGGCUUAAAUCUUUAGAAAGGAGCUCCGGCAACUUUACGACAAAUAUGCUCAUACGUGCAGAUUUUUCGAACUUAAAUGAACCACAGCUAGUUGAACUUGUGAGGCUACUGGCACAGUAUCCAGAUAUCCUUAGACGAGCCUUUGAAACACAAGAGCCAGCUACGAUCGUGACUUAUUUAUUUAAAGUUUGUCAUCAGGUCUCCUCAUGCUAUAAAAAAAUAUGGGUAUCCGGAAAACCUGCUGACGUUGCUAUACCGCGGCUCGCCGUAUAUUCGGCCAGUAGACAAGUGUUGCACAAUGGAAUGUCGCUUCUAGGACUAGUCCCAGUCGAUAGAAUGUAA